AUGGCGAAGAUUCCGAGGUUCCCCGGAUCCUUGAGUCUGCCUCCUCCCUUCCUUGGAUUUUUGCUUGCCCUGCCCAUUGCUCUGGCAACUCUCUCGCCUCACUUCUGGCUGGGAUUGGCAUUGGACUUUGCCUGGGACUUUUUCUUGGAUUUUGGGUCCUCUUGUCUCUUCCGAGACUGGGCGUUGGAUUUGGACUUGUCGCCCCCCAGCCAGAAGGUCCUCGACCGACCCCUUCAUCUUCCUCUGCUCCAGCACCUUUCCAUCCACCUUCUGACCCCCAUUCUUCAGGUGCCAAAUCUACAAGAAGAUCCAGAGUGGCUGGAUACCUUGUGCAUGAGUAGGGAAAGUUUGGAGGAAGAAAACCGUUUGUUGAAGGAGCGAGUGAGUUUUUUGGAGAGAGAAGUUUUGCGUCUGGCAGAAGGCAGACGCCAUCCCACCACGCAGGCAGCGGAAGUCUGGGAGGUGAUUGAGGGGGAGGCAUUUUCGGAUUGGGUCCCUGUGACACCUCCUUGUGAGUUUGCUGCCGAGGACGGGCCACCUGCCUUGCCUCUGGUGUGCAAGAACUUGGCCGAGAAGAACCUCAAGCCUGGCAAGUUUAGUCCUCUGCAAAGAGCUGAAGCAGCUUUUGAGACUGGUUUCUGGAUACGCAUUGCCUUGGAGACGUGCACAACUUUUCAGGAUACACACAGCCUGAAGGGUCUAAGUCCGUCACACUGGAUUGUUUUCCGAGGAGCUCUUGGAGGUUUGCCUGUGAGGUCGACUCGCAAGUCUGAUUGCAUCAAGGCUUUGUGGGAAGGAGCAGAUAGCAUCCUGGUGCCAGUUGCAUCCUUGACAGAGCUGCACAUCAUCUGCGACCCUUCUACGUUGGUGCUGAGCUUGGCGGCGGAUGCGACUUCAGAGGAUCGGCAGUUUUUUGCAGUGCCCAUCGCAGUACGACAAGGAGGUAUCCUCUUAGCUCUGCCCGAGAACACCUUCUCUGGCGAGGCGUUGGCUGCCGGUCAAACAGCAGAUGAUGAUGCCGUCAUUGGGCCUUCGACCGUGCUAGGUUUGGAGCUUUUGGAGGAGGAUGACGACGGCAUGGUGCAGAGGACGGGCUUUGUAGUCUCCACGCUGUGCGUCGAUCUCUCAGACGGGAUCAUUAGCAGCCUGAGAGAGUAUGACCCUGUCACUGACUCCACUGAGAAUAUCCUCUCGUUCCACGCCAGCUACCCAAACGCUUUGCCAAACCUUGAGAAUGCCCUGGGAGAAGUUAUGGCUUGGGCUGAGACAGCUGCUGCCAGGGCAAAUUUUUACAGCGCUCGAGACGAGCAGAUACCAGGAGCCGCAGCAAAGAAAAGUGCUGCCGCUGUGGCAAAGAAGGCAAAUGUUGGCGGAAGGAAGCAGACCACCGCCGCCCUGGCAGAACAGGUGCAGUCCCUCACAACACAGAUGGCGUCGCUGAUGGAGUCGCAACGGGCCCUUCACCAGCACCUACUGGGCGAAGAUGCUGCAAGAGCUGCGCCCGUGCAAGCACCUGGAGGUCUUCUUUCCGGACCAAAGAUGCCUGCCCUAUCCAGCUCACUUUCUCCACCGAAAGCAACGACCCUGGGGGCAUUAGCAAAGGCAUUGGGGCCCCCGCCCAGGACCAAGGCACUACAUGCAGGAUUGGGUUCUUCUACGUUGGGGCAAGGGGCAAAUCAGGACGAGCCUUUAGACGUCCUGAUGAAUGCGGAGCCUCCCAGCCAGGACACAAUGCUGGCUGCGUUGACCCAGCAAUCUGCAGCAGUCACAGCACUUGUAGCACAUAUUGCAGGAGCUAUGACCGAUUUGCAUGGAAACGUACCUGGAUCCCUUGGAGCGUCUACAAAAGGCCUACAGAGAAGGCAAAAGCUUCAGGCAGACCUAGCAAGCCAGUCCUCCACCUUUUUCAUGCAGCUGCACCAACAGAUGCAUCGCAAGAUGUUCCCUGCCAAAGUAGUCCCACAGAAAGAAGAAGAUUUUUUUGGAACUCAGAUGAGCAUGUGCAACUACUUGGAGCGUUUUGGGAAUUUCAAGAAUGCGAGGGAGGUGGGGAUGACUAUGUGGGUGCUGGGCCAUGCGAUCGACGCUGCAGCUCAGGGCGAUCACCGGACUUGUCAGGAGUUUUUGGCUCUCCUGGCUUUGGCCCUGGAGCAAGUAUCCACGGAUGGGGAUUGGAGGAUAGCUUAUCACCUCACUCUCUUGGAGGAGCCACCUUCAGUGAUGUUUCAGGGCCGGCCUCAAGCAGUGUCAGCAGUGGGGAAACCUUUUGCCAACUUGGUGCCCCCAACACUGGCGGCAACGACGCUGGCCUACAUCAAAGAGGUAGAUGUGCUGCUGACGAAGAAGGGAGAGCUGAAGGGAGGCAAGAAACCAACUGGCGCCAGUGGAGAUCCGGAGGAAGAGAGGGAGAGUGCGAGCCCCAAGCGGAAGCCACGCUUCCCCAGGAAGCCAAAGCAGAACGAAGAAGGAGGGUCCUAG